AUGGACGGCGAGCAGCAGCACAUCCUCAUCACCGGCGGCUGUGGCUUUCUCGGCCGGCAUAUCGUCUCCGCCUUCCUCUCCCAGCAUCCCUCCCACGAAUACACCGUCAUCGAUGUCAGCCCUCUUCCGACGUCGCCCCCUGACCUCUCCAAUGUCCACUAUGCUCAGGUCGACAUCCGCGACCGAGAAGCUGUACGGCGUGCAUUCGCCGCCGCACGCCCUACCGCUGUCGUGCACAGCGCCGGCAUCGUCCCGUCCGGACCGUCCCGGUACAGCCAACAGGAUCGCAGGCACGUGUUCGAGGUGAACGUAGAUGGCACCCGGAACGUCUUGGACGCGGCGAUGGAGUACGGGAGCGUGAGAGCAUUCGUCUAUACGAGCAGCAGCACGGUGCUGGGAGACGAUCUGAGCCGGGAGGUGCCCAACGCGAGCGAGCAAGUCGAGGACGCGUCGAGGAAGAGGUGGGUUUACGGCGAGUCCAAGACGCACGCCGAAAACCUCGUCCUUGCCGCCAACUGCCCAUCCACGGCGCAGCCUUUCCUCACCACCGCCCUCCGGCCCUCCGUCCUCUUCGGCCCUGGCGACACCAACCUCGUCCCGCCCAUCCACGCCCUCAUAGCCUCCCGCGUCGCCACUGCCGUCACCCUCGGUUCCGGCUUCAAUCUCUACGACGUGACCUACGUCACCAACGCCGCCGAUGCCCACGUCCUCGCCGUGCAAAAUCUCUUGCUGGCGGCAGCGCUGGCGGCCACCGCCCCAGAGCCGUUGCCCGUAUCGUCGGGCGGCGGCGGCGAUGACCCUUCGGCGGCCGGCCUGCCCAUCUUCAUCACCAACGCCUCGCCCAUCCCCUUCCGCGACUUCUGCCGCGCCGUGUGGGCGCGCUUCGGGCACCACCCGCCCCUCGAGGUGCGCGUGCCCGUUCCCGCCGCCAGGGCGCUGGGCAGCGUCGCCGACGCCGUCUCCUGGGCACUGGGCGGCGGCGGUCUGUGGCGAGGCCCGCACUUCAGCCUGUCGAGGGGCGCCGUCGAGGACGCUGUGGGCGUGAGGUAUGCGAGCGGCGAGCGGGCGAGGCGCCUGCUCGGGUACGUCCCCAGAAUCGGCUUGGCCGAGGGCUUGGACCUGGCGUGUGAGGCAUCGAGGUUCUUCUUGGGUCUUUUCCGAGUGUAG